AUGAUCGGCUUUCGCACACCAGGACCUAGUUUUAUUCUUUUUUCUUUGUUGAAUGAAGCGAAUUGUUUCAGUCCUUUGGGUGUGGGCAUUGUUUUACGGAUCCUGGAUGACAAUGUGCAUCUUAUUCACAAUAUAAUCAACCAUCAAAAAGCUGGCAACAACAAUCACGAGGUGCAAGAGUUGCAAGUGUUGCACAAGAACCUCAUAUAUUUGGCUACGAUUGCAGAUCAAGCAACGAAUAAUGGGGCAACAGUACAACGUGGGCCCCCACCUCCACCGCCGGGAUUCUCAUCGGGUUCAGCGGGACCUCCAGAGCACACUAUGCCCCUCCAACCAGCUCCCAAUGGCUCUUACACCUCUGGCCCUUCUCAAUCACGUGGGCAACCCAUGCCACCAAAUUACAUGUCACCUGUCGGUGCACCCAUGAUGCCUCAACAUCAGCAUGGACUGCCGCCUCAACAACAGCAGCAGCCGGCGCCCCAAGCAGGCGGCGAUGAUCGCGACUUUAUGCAGCACCGAGCAGGGCCGCUUCCACCCUACGGAUAUCCACCUGGCCCGCCACCACCACCUCCACAGCACCAGCCGUUUUCAGUUGCUCCUGGUAGUGAGUUUAGCGUGCCAAGAUACGAGAAUGCAAGUCAGCCUGUUGGAACAAUGUCGGGAGAGGCUGGGCCUAUGCUGGAAGCUCCUCCUGUUAACGCUCCUCCAUCUAUUCCCUCUUCUUCUGGUGUUGGUGGUGGUGCUCCACCUCCACCAAAAAGCUCAGCAACACCAUCACCGAAGUUGUCGUCAGUAGCUGAUCAACAGGCAGUUGGAGAGCAGCAACCAACACGAAGUCAAACACCGAACACUUCAGUCGGUUGA